AUGAUCCCCGAAUUCCCUCAUCCCGAAGAAGUCGAACUCUUGCAUUCAAAACCGAUAUUCGACGAUUCGACAAGGAGAAAUCUUCUCCCGCCUCUCCUCCAAUCCACCAAUCGUUUAUGCUUUUCAGCCGAGAAUUUACUUGGCCUCCACCUUCACGAGCAAACCGCGGAUGACUCGGAGAAAGAGCUGAAAUCGCAUACAACUUGGCCAAGCACAUUAUCCCUUUCAUCUUCAUCAUCAUCCCCAUCACUUCACAAAGCCGUCUCACAAAACAUCAAACAAUUCUCGGAGAAACUACGAGAAACAAUCGUGCAUCGACUAUUGACCCCCGUGAUCAAUAUUCAAUCGUGC